AACAAAAAGUUUAUAUAGAUAAAGUGCAAUUGAUUAGAAAACGAGUGGGGGAAGGGUAGCCAACGCACACACAUGUGCGAUUGGAUAACACUGUGAAACAGAUCGGGCUUUACACUUGCAAAAAACUAUUCAAGCAAUUAUAGCAAUUGUUUUUGUUGUUUGGGAAGCUGCAGCCGGUUAUUGCUAUCUCUUUUGGUCUCCAAGCUUUGCAUAUAUCAUUAAGUGUAUGUGCGUUCGUGUGCGAUUUGGUGCAAAAGCCACUGCAACAAUAAGUAAUAAACAGAAACUGUGAUUGUGGAUAAAAGGGGAUCAUUAAUCGCAGAUUAACAGAAAAGUCGAGUGCGGUAAGAAGACAAUCUUCCAGCAGCAGCCAUGGACCACGCCCAUCACAGUGCACCCGGUGUUGAUCACUCGAUGAUGCACCACGACCAUGCGGGCAUGCAUCACGACCUCAGCGGAAUGGAUGCUGCAACUGCUGCGCCGGUUGAACCUGCCUCAAUGUUUGACAUGAUCCCCGACUCCAGUGAUUUGCAUGCCGGUCACAUGGGUCACGCAGGUCACAACCACGGCGGUGGUUCUGGCACGGGAAUGGAGCACAUGAUGCCCAUGGCGUUCCACUUUGGCUACAACGAGACGAUCCUAUUUUCCUGGUGGCACAUCGAAACGGUGGCCGGUUUGGUGGGCUCCAUGAUUGCCAUUUUCCUGCUGGCCCUCAUGUACGAGGGUCUGAAGUACUAUCGUGAGUACCUGUUCUGGAAGACGUACAAUCUGCUGGAAUAUCGCCCGGUUACGGGGCCACAGCGAAAUCCGGAGGCACCGCGUAUACCCUCGCCGGCGGCGGCAGCUCCCUCGCCCGUGCAAUAUGUGGGCGAAGUUGUGCACAAGCAACCACCUUCGAUGCUGUCGGUUAACCACGUGCUCCAGACACUACUGCAUGUCAUCCAGGUGACUUUGUCCUUCCUGCUCAUGCUGAUCUUCAUGACCUACAACGUGUGGCUCUGUCUGAUGGUUGUCCUCGGCGCCGCCGUUGGAUACUUCCUGUUCUGCUGGAAGAAAUCGGUGAUCGUGGACGUCACCGAGCACUGUCACUAACAGAGGACCACCGGAAGCCUCAGCCGUCGAUGUCUCACGGAGGCGGACGCGGAGGAGAUGCAGCUGUCCAUUUAAACGGAAGGCGAAGGCGUUGGUGCUAAGCUGGAAUUGCCGGAAGCUCUCAUCCCCACGGAAAACACACUGAUACACACCCUGCCACUUGCUACUCUCUGGGUAUUAGCCCCAUAACUAAUUUGUAAGCUGGUUGUAAACGAUGCAGCGACAGCCUGCACAGAAUAUCAAAACAAUUAAAAAUCCUGUAGCCGCUGCAUCGUUUACAAUCAACUCAAAAUCCCGACAUUCAGAUCAACUGUCUAGACGGUCUGCCCGCAAGGAUUUGAGGGCAUUCGUUUUAAGUCGAAAGUGUUAAGUAUACAAUAGAACAAAUUGAGCGACAGCGAGCGAAUUGUAUAAAGUUAAGCAAUGCAAAUAUAAUUUUUUUCAGUUGGUACUCAAUCGAUGUUCGCAGAAUUUCCCCAAAAGCAUAUAUAUAUUUUUUUUUAUCAUUACUAUUAUAUACCAUUUUGUAUCCUUAUUAAACGAUUAUGAUUAUUAUUAUUUGAUAAUAAACUUAAUUCUUUUUUA